UCUCAGGUUCCUGUUGCGUGUAAAUCGUGUCCCUGUGGCUACAUAUUUAUUAGUCGAAAACUGUUGCAUGCUAAACGUGCUGAGAGAUCACCCAUCGCAGAAAACAAGAGUGAGGCGAAAAGGAGACGGACAGAGAGAGUUAAGCGAGAGAAGAUAAAUUCUGCAGUAAAUAAAGACUUAGAAAAUCGAAAAAGAUCCAGGUCUAACAGCCAUUCAGAUCAUAGCAGACGAGGAAGAGGAAGACCUAAAAGUGCCUCAGCCAAAAAGCACGAGGAAGAAAGAGAAAAACAAGAAAAAGAAGUUGACAUAUAUGCUAACCUUUCAGAUGAAAAGGCCUUCGUAUUUUCAGUGGCCUUGGCGGAAAUAAACAGAAAAAUUAUCAAUCAAAGACUUAUUCUGUAGCUUGUAAGCACGAUCUGAUGCAUUUAUAUGCAGAAUGGCUAGCAUAUUUCCAAGGUGUCAUGGACUCUCGGAAAAUGUUGUCUGCACCGACAAGGACCAUAGUAUUUCCUGUUAAAAUUCUGCUGCUGUUCUUGAAAAUCGAAUUCUGUCUCUACAAGUCGGAAAGAAAACGUUCACAAGAUUGUGCUAUGAAAAAUCAGAAAGCAGAUAUGUUUUACACCUUGAAGACAAAUGCUAGACAAAUGCACAGAGAGACCGCACCCAUUCCAGAGCACUUCUUUUAAAUUUGCUGCCAGAAAUGCAAUAUUUUAAAUAUUUUCAGAAAUAAAUGAUUUUCCUUUAAAAUUAUAUAUUUCAGAUUUUUCAGCUAUAUUGCAGUUUACAUAUGUACAGUUCACAUAACUUUUUAAUAAAUUGAUAUUCCAAUA